AUGGGACAGUCAGAUCCCUCUCGGGGUCUGUCCCUGUGUAUCCUGCUCCUCUCGGCUUUAGGUGCUGUAAGAUCUGUAGAGAAUGUAAAUGGGACUGUGGGCAAAUCUGUGUAUCUCACAGUGAAGUUGGAUCUCCCGGCACAGAGGCAGGUAACAUGGAAGGUUAAUUCCAGCUCCCAGAUUGUAACUGCAUUACCUGGAGGCUCUCCCGCUUAUAAUGGAGACUACAGAGACAGAUGCACCCUGUAUGGGAACACAACUCUCCGGCUGGACAAUCUCACUCCCACAGAUACAGGGGAAUAUUCACUCACUGUAACCAACCUGGACACUGUAGGACCACUAUUGACAGGAUCAGUUUAUCUCACAGUUUACGGUCCACUUACCCCUCCAACUCUGAGAGUGAAUGGCAAUGCAGUUAAUGGCACCAAUAUGACCCUCCAUUGUGACGCUGGGGGCCAGAAUGUGGUUAGUUACACUUUUUACAAAGAUGGAGUGACUGCCUGCUCCCAGCCCCAUGUGACCUGCGACAAAGACUUCCUGUACUUCCAGCCAAUCAUGAUGAGUGACACCGGGACAUACACCUGUAAAAUAGAGAACCCUGUCAGCAGUAACACCAGCCAGCCCCUCAGUCUAACAGUCAUAGCACCUGUACCUGGGGUGGCACUGAGCAGUAAUGCAUCUUCUGGGCUGCUGUGUCCUGAGAAGGAUUCAGUGAGACUCACAUGUUCAGCUCUUGGCACUAAUGUCACCUUCUCCUGGCACCUGGAUGGGGCACCAUUACCCACAAACCCCAGGUAUCACUUAAUGAAUUCCAACUCCAGCCUCAUUAUCAGCCCUGUGGAGAGAACAGACAAUGGAUCCUUUACCUGCACUGCCUCUAUCAGUCUGAAUAGUGAGACCAGCAGCCCCCUGACUCUCAGCCUUGGCUGUUCUCCUGAUGGAAAAGUUCAGUGUAAUGUAGUAAAAUUGGAUCAGACAGUGAGACUGAGCUGUUCUUGGCCUGGAGGUUCACCUGCGGCAACUGUUACCCUGAUGUUUGAGAAUAACAGAUACACAGCACUGGAUACAGUAACUACGGAUGUACCCCUUAAUGCCAUCUCUUCUGGGGCAGAACUGUCCUGCUUGGGCACACAAGAGGGACAGAUUAGUGUCAGCACAAUGAUCUUAGGAACUCCAUUCGGGUCACCCAGUAACUCUAUCUCUUCAGUGAAGAAAGGAGAAAAUGUCACCAUGUCUGUCAGCUUAGCCUGGAGCAGAACUGUUUCUCCCAGAAUUCAGGCACUUCCUGCAACAUUCUCCUGGUUCCAUCUUAACCCUGAGCAAUCGCUUUUAACCAAUGGAGGAAAGAGCUCAGUCAUUUCCAGUCAUUAUAAAUCAGAGCUGGUGAUAUCUUCAGUGACUGCCAGUGAAAGUGGAAUUUAUGAAUGUGAAGCUGAAAAUGUUAUGGGAAAAUCAACUUUCCUCUUUGAACUCAGUGUGACAGCUUCCAACCAACUCUCCCCUGGUGCAAUAGCCGGCAUUGUGAUCGCUGCCCUGUUUGUUGUAGCGCUGAUACCUCUCACCGUAAUCUUCAUUCUCCGCAAGAAGAACAAGAACAACACUUCAACUCCAACAAAUCCUGUAUAUGAGAAUACCGGUGCCCAAGCACCAAACACUUAUGACCGUAUCAUUACAGGAUCAACGGAGAACAUGGCAAGAAAUAAGCCCCAGGAAUCCAGCUAUCAGGAACUUCAAUUCCCACAUACUGAUUUGUAUAAUAACUUCAGGAAAACUCCCAGAUAAUCCAGUUUAUUCCCAGCGUUGGAGACAUGAGAUAAAGAGAGAUAAAUUCACCCCAGUUGCUACUAAUGGAGCACACAAGCUGUGGGUCAGAAUAGUGACUUCUGUUUCUUGUCUUCUCAGCAGAACAAAACAACAAUCACAAAGAGACUUUCAUUUCCUCAGACAGUACAGGAAGCAGUCUCAUAUGGAGACAUCAGUGGAAUCUUUACCUAAUCUGCCCUAUAGAAGUGAGUUGGGACAGGUCUGGAACUGAAGCUUUUCCAAAUGGGACAGAUUUGUUUAGUGCAUGUUACUGUAUGUAAAGCAUGAGUGUCAUGUAGAACACAAUAAAACCUGUGUAACUGAAAUUGGUACACAAACAUCAACGAGGCUUCUGUAUAUCAUACACAAAAUGAGGUUUUUACUUUUUGCAUCCAGAUAUUGACUUCAACCUAGAGACGUUUACCCUUUCUGACUUGCACAGGAAACUAAUGAAAUACUCAUCCAUGUUCCCAUCAUAUCCAGUAUAUGUGAUUACAACACACUGCUCUGUGGAUUCCCCCCGUCUAAAUGAAUUCCACUCCAGUCCAUUAUGCAGAGCCAUGAGGGAGAUAACCAUCCACUUCAGGCCUUUUUGAGAGGUUAUUUCAUGUUAUCAUUUAGUGUGAAGAGGAUUCAGGCCCAAAAUAAACCAAGACUUGAUCAUUGUCUCCCUCAUGACAUGGGGUUGGGCAACAGCUCUGCAUCAUGAACACCACAGCCAGACUCAUGUACCUCUCUUUCUACUCCAAAACAUGUCAGGAGUUUCUAUUCCUUUAAAAUAAACCCUACACUAAAACCCCACUCCCUAAUCCAAGUUUAAAUUCUCAGCCCUCAAAAACCUUGCCACCUUUCCUGAUGUUUAAAGGUAAGCACCCACAUGGCCAACCUGCAUGGUAGCCAUCCUGUAAGCUGAAUAGACAGUUACCAAACACGUGUAUGGCGACCUUUAGAGCUUUGGAAAGGUAGCUCCUUUUCCUUUGAGCCAACAGACAGAUAUUUUCCAUUUAGGCUGACAAUCCUACAACUUGCCAUAUGUGCAGUUGGUCAGGCAUUAAGCUCUAAAUUACACAAACUGCCAACCAAACUUGACCAUGUUCGACCAGCUUAACUAAUCUCUCGUGCACAUAUUAAUUAGUGAUUUACAAUACAAACUUACCGCCAGUAUCUGGAUAAACAAGAACUGUACCACCAUCUAGGUCACCCGUAUGUUUUACUCCCCUUCCCAUUUAGAUUGUAAGCUCUGUGAGCACGGCCCUUGCACUUAUCUGUUUUAGUAAAAUCUUAUACUUGAUAUUGAUUUUUGUAAUGUGCUGCUGGAGACAGUGAUUCUAUGUACAUAAUAAUAUAAAAGAUCUUAUAAACGUUGCACAGAACAUAGAGUGAAGAAGGAAACUGUGAGUUAUGUGCAUAUUGCUGUGAUAUGUAGUGUAUCUUAAACAAAUAUUUGAUGUAUUGCUUACUUAGUUUAAGACGGACUUUUAUUUGCCAGACAUGCUUCUCAUUCUGAUCAGUAUGAAGUUUGGCCAAACACCAACUCAUAAUAACUGUACAUAAGGAAGGCCACUGGUGCCAGGUUUGCCAGAGGCAAAGAUAUUCACUGCCAUAGGACUACUUAAUUCCUAAGCUGGUACAGCAAAACCUUCCCAUAGGGCUGUGCACAUCAGAGUAUAAGCCUAGUUUUUCAGCACCCAAAAUGUG